GGGGUGUACAACAGGGGGCGCUGUGUGGUGACAGGCAGAAGGGAGGAGGAAGAUGGCCAGCCAAGAGGACCCGGUCCAGAGAGAGAUUCACCAGGACUGGGCCAACCGCGAGUACAUCGAGGUCAUUACCAGCAGCAUCAAGAAGAUCGCCGAUUUCCUCAACUCCUUCGACAUGUCCUGCCGCUCCCGACUGGCGACGCUAAACGAGAAGCUGACGGCGCUGGAGAGACGGAUCGAAUACAUCGAAGCUCGGGUCACCAAAGGUGAAACGCUGACAUAGACCCCUCCCCCUUGCCCCGCCCCCCACUGAAAUAUUUUAUAUACAGAUAUACGCUAUGGACUUCUCACCCUCCAAUCCGUGUCUGUCUGCGAUCACCUCCUCCCCUCCCCCUCCUCUCUGUACAUUGGCCGAACACUUCACAACGGUUGAGCGUAGAUGUCACCUGAUCAUUCCUGGGCAUGCGUCCUUUGAUACGUCGCCGAGGGUCGCUUGCGGAAGAAGGACGCGCGGCCCGCUGUACGUACAAGACGCGUGAGAACACGAGACGUUCCGAGAACUGGUAACUGUGCCAACGAGACGCUUUCCACGUUUCUUUUCUUUUGUAUCCGUGUCGCGUUAUCUAUAAAUUGUGUUAAGAAAUAAAUGUUUACGUGACUUC